CAAGCCUGGGCCGUGGGGGGCCAGGCCCCAAAAUUGCAGCUGCAGCUGCUGGGGACGGGAGGUAGCUAGGAUACCCCCGUGGCUGCCAAGAGCAUGGGUGAGCAUAAACUUUUUGUCGGCUCCUUGCCGCCUGACAUUACGAAGGAGGAAAUUGAAACGGUCUUCAAGACCUAUGGCGAACUAGCGGAUGUUCAUGUCAUCUCUGGUGACAGAAACCGAUCUGCCACUGGUCAGUCCUGUGCGUUUGUCAUGUACAAGUCCAGGGAGUCUGGCGACACUGCAAUCCAGGUCUUGAACAAUGUGUACAAGAUUCGGGAAGAUGCCCCAAACGCAAUUCAGGUGAAUUGGGCCAGGUCCUCCAAAGGGAAGGAUGGAGGAAAGGGAGGUGGCUGGAGCAAUGGUGGCAAGGGAGAUCACGGUGGUUGCUAUGGUGGAUGUGGUGGCUACGGCUAUGGUGGAGGCUGCGGCUGUGGUGGUGGCUGCGCUGGUGGCUAUGGCUGUGGCUGUGGUGGGUGUGGGGGCGGUGGUGGCUGCAGUGGCUGUGGGGGCUGUGGCUGCGGCGGUUACGGUCCCGGUGGCUAUGGCGGAGGUGGCAGCUACGGCAGUGGCAAGGGCGCCAGUGGAGACUGGGACUCCUGGAGCAAGGGAGGCGGAGGCCCAGCUGGCACCCGGCUAUUUGUCGGCAACCUCCCUCCGGACAUCACAGAGGAUGCUCUCCAGUACGUGUUCAGAGCCUACGGUACUGUGUUGAAGACCUUCGUCAUGUCUGGCAAGUCCAAGAGUGGUCAGAACUGCGCCUUCGUAGAAUACGAAACGCCCGAGCAGGCAGAGACGGCCGUUCAGACAUUGCAUGAGAAGUAUGAGAUCAAGCCUGGUGCAGGCAUGAUACUGGUGAAGCGUGCAAAGAGUACAAGAGUUGGGCCCUACUGACAUGUGGGGCUGAGAUGGAGUGGGCUCGGAGUCACUUCAGGGAGAUGC